UUUAUCAUAGCUGUAAUUAAGCAAUUGUUGCUAUUCAAUCUGAUUGUAAUUGUUCAAGAUUUGUGAUAGCUAAAUUGGACUCGAGGUGACAACUGGUCGCCGAACGUAGGUCACGGGAUGAACGUUUUGCCUGACGGCGGUGUGGAGUGGUUGUGUGGUUCUCCCUAGAAAUGUGGUUGUGGCGGCAUACGGCUUUAAGAACGAGCCUAGCCACAUGGGAUUGUACCUCGGAGGUGUCAAUAUAAUGGGACACAUGUUGUAUUAAUAAUCAAACUCCAGGCAAAAACAGCUUAGCAACGGCGAUUGGAACUUUCUCGAUGCUUCCAACGAGUAUAUAACAAACAAAUGCAUUCGUACAGCGAGGAAAAUUUCCAUCCAUUUAUUAUUCGUGCGAUCGCCUUGGAGAGUGACACAUCGAGCAGUUUAUACCGAGCGUCUCAGCAAUCGUAUUUUGUGCCUAAAAUUAUUCUACGCAUAAUAAAGAGUUAUCCCGUUGACCGCGGAUUCAUUUGAACCCAAGAACAUUGUUAAUAGCGUUCAUUAAACUCAUUAUUCGUUAAACUUAUUAUUCGUUAAUCUUAUUAAUCGUUAAACUUAUUAUUCGUCAAACUUAUUAUUCUUCUUCUUCUUCUUCUUAUUAUUAUUAUUAUUAUUAAAUAAUUAACCUCGAUGAAAAGAAAGUAGGUAAAUAAUUUGUACGAGUGCAGUUGGCCAUAUAAUUAGUCGGAGAACGAUAGAAACUAGAUUGGCACAUAUAAACGCCUUGUACACACGAGAUCAUGCGGUUCUAAGAGUUAACCGUCUCUCGAGUGGCUCUAUACUUCGACGAAUUUUAGCAGAAUUUGUGUUUCGUACAAUAUACUCCGCUUAUAGAAAAAACUUGCGAUCCCUCGCGAGCAGUCAGUUUGUUUAAACUAUCGAAUGUGAAAAAAACAAUUUUGAUAUAAAAAAUUUCUUUCCAAAGAAGCAUCAGAUAACAAAAUAUAAAUUGAUACACGGUGCAUGAUAGUAUUCGAGUACCUAACUAUCUUUUCGUUAUCAUUGACACUUAUUCGAAACGAACUUAUCUUUUAUUAACUGAGUGAAAGAAAUUUAAUAAACAGAUAAUUGAAGCAUACAUGUAAACAGAUAAUCAAUAACGUUGCGUUUUAUAAAUAGUCGACCGUGUUUCUCUUGGAUCAGUAAUCCAUCAUGUUUCGACUAACGAUUGCAACGUGUUCCUUGCUAUUCGCGCUAAGCGCGGGAGUGGAUGUGGAUUGGUACAAAAAUAUCAUCGUGUACCAAGUCUAUCCGAGGAGUUUCAAAGACAGCAACGGAGAUGGUAUCGGUGACCUGAAUGGUAUCACCAGCAAACUGGAACACGUUAAGGACAUUGGUGCUAAGGUCGUCUGGCUAUCGCCGAUCUAUAGGAGUCCACAAGUUGAUUUCGGUUACGACAUCUCCAACUUUACGGACAUUGAUCCAGAUUAUGGAACUUUAGCGGAUUUCGACAAAUUGGUAACUAAAGCUAAGUCCCUCGGGCUCAAAGUGGUCAUGGACUUCGUGCCUAAUCAUAGCUCUAACGACCAUCCCUGGUUCAAAAAGAGUAUUCAAAGGAUUAAGCCGUACGAUGAAUACUACGUCUGGCACGAUGGCAGAAUCGUGAAUGGCACCAGACUGCCGCCAAAUAACUGGCUGAGCAACUUCCAGGGAUCUGCUUGGCAGUGGAACGACGUCCGCAAGCAGUAUUACCUACAUCAGUUUGCUGCAGGUCAGCCAGAUUUAAAUUAUCGCAGUCAGGCUUUAGAUCAGGAAAUGAAAAACGUGUUGACUUUCUGGAUGAAUCGCGGAGUCGACGGUUUCCGCAUUGACGCUAUCAAUCAUAUGUUCGAGGAUGCCAAGUUCCGGGACGAGCCGAGCGCAAACAGGACCGAUGUCCCUAAAGACGAUUACGAUAGCCUGGUGCAUAUUUACACGAAAGAUCAGAAUGAGACCUACGAGACGCUCCGGAGCUGGAGGGAAUUGAUGGAUGAACACUCCAACCGUACCCGAUCCGAUCCAAAGUUGAUUCUCACGGAAGCCUAUACUACUCAUGACCUAACCACUAAAUUCUACAGUGCUGGCUCCAAUGUUCCCUUCAACUUUAUGUUUAUUACAGAGCUGAACAACAAAUCUACCGCAAUGGACUAUAAAAAUCUGAUAGACAAGUGGGUCAAUACCGUACCUCAGGGUAGCGUGCCGAACUGGGUCGUGGGCAACCACGAUAAUCAUCGUGUGGCCUCUAGAUUCGGAAGACGACGAGCUGAUGAGAUUACCGAAAUGGCGCUGAUCCUACCUGGCAUAGCGGUUGUUUACAACGGUGAUGAAAUCGGAAUGAUAGACAGACAAUUCACGUACGCCGAAACUGUCGAUCCAGCUGGUUGCAACGCUGGUCCCGCCAGAUACUUUCUGAAAUCCAGAGAUCCCGAAAGAACACCGUAUCAAUGGGACAACAGCACCAGUGCUGGAUUCUCCACCAGUGCGAAAACCUGGCUGCCCGUGCAUCCAAAUUACAAGACCCUGAACCUGGAAGCUCAGAAGGAGCUAUAUUACUCUCACUACCAGGUAUUCAAAAGUGUGAUGAGCGUGAAAAGGCGACCAGUGAUCGCACACGGUUCCUUAAACGUUACCGUAUACGACCAAAGGGUUUUGAGUAUUACUCGCACUCUAGGAAAUGACACUGUAAUUGUUAUGUUUAAUUUUGCCAAUGUACCUGUCACCGUAAAUGCUAGAGCUGCCCUGCCACUUUCUCCUACUCUGAUAGUUCAUACCGUCAGCGUUGGUCCCAAUCUUCGUCCAGGUACCACCGUCUUCACAAAUUCGAUAACUAUUCCUGCAUCUGCUACUGUCAUGUAUACUACUCCUAAUAUAUUUUGGUCAAAGGAUGAGUAUGUUUGAUUUGCAUUUCUUUUUUAGCAUUGCUGAAGUGUCAAUGAUGUGUUAUUAAUGUAGAAGCGAUCUAACUCACAAUAAAUCUUAUUGUAUCCUAUAA